AUGCUGCUCUCACCCCCUGCAGAUCCUCUGCAGCUGGAUGCUUACACAAAGCGCUGGCUGCAGCACCUGCAUUCAUGUGGCGCAGACACCACCAUCGAUUUCGCCCUUCAGUUUGGAACGUCCAAGGCGAAAAGCAAGAGGACCCAGGGAGACAACACUGGCGCAGGGGCAGGAAGGACGGCGGCUCCACUCAGCAUAACCUGCUCUGCGCAUCCAACGGUGCUGCAACUGCACGACACCAUUCAGCCGUGCCUGACCUGCCGCUGUCACGGAGUGCCUCUGCCAUUCCCUUCCACCUUACCCAACCUCUCGAACAACAGACCCAGCACCCCCUCGUCUCGCCCCUCCAACCCUUCCCUGCCUCUCGCCAAGCCCCCAAGCCUGCGAUGCCCUGUCUCCGGGCAGAGGCUGGAUGCGAGUGAUGUGACCAGCAACACUGUGCUGCUGGGAGCCUCAGGCACUGGUGGGAGACGGAGCAGUGGUGGUGGUGGUGGCUCAUGGGAUGGGGAUCCUGGGGAUCUGGAGCUCGACUUCUCUAACAGCACAGAGCUCUCCGAAAUGGAGAGAAACGAGCACGCGUUUGCUGCGCUGUGCCGCUCACUGAACCAGCAUGACAACGGGCUGCUGUGCUCCAGCCUCGUCGAUGCAGACACGCGCAUGGACGUCUCCUUCCCCUGCUACUACCUCCUGCUGCCCACUGAAGCUGGAUCGCUCCUCCUGAGGAGGGUGGCUUCAGCAGAGGAGCUGCUGCCCCUGCCACCAAGGCCGAUCAGCAACCACGGGGAGGAGGACGAGGAGAAGGGGGAAGAGGUGGCUGCUGCUGUCGACUUGGCACUGUCUCAGCUGGAGGAGGAGGCGUUCAACCCAGUGGAGGUGGAACGGGGCUGCCACCAGCGCCUGCAGUGGCUGCUCAAAGAGAGCUUGUACUUCCAGCCCAUACCUCCUGGCCGCCAGGGCUCCAACCUGCACUCUGUCGCGCAUGGCUCUCGCUCCUCCUCACGCUCCCCCUCGUCCUCAUCACCGUCAGCCAUCGCUGCCACCACAUCUGAUAGUCCAGGAGGGAGUUCCCCUGCUCAGCUCGCUGCUGUCUCAGGGAGAAGGGAGAGGAGGAGGUCUGGCUCUUCAUUGCUCGUUGCUGCUGCUGGAGCUGCUGCUGUUGCUGGCGCUGGCGCUGGGGCUGGUGGUGGGUGGGGGGCACUUCCUGUUUCUGCCUCUAUGGAUCCAGAGAGGGAGUCUGGGAAGGUGGGGAUGAGGCAUGGUGCGGAUUCGGAUCUUUCCGCUGCUGAGGAUUGGCAAUCCAGGGCCUCAAGAGGGCAGAGAUCAGCACAGAUUCUUCAGAUGAUCAAGGAGAAGCGGAAUCAGCUGCCGCAGCAGCAGCAGAUGCAGCAGCAGCAGCAGCAACAGAUGCAGUUUCAGAAGGAGCUCUCCUCAGGGCACCAAGCAAGCAGCCUACAAGCAGCAACUGCCGCAACACAGCCCCUGCGGCCACCCUUCGUCCCCACCCCUCCCCCACCUCGCACCACACAACCCUCCUUCCAGUCAACCGCCUCUGGUGCUAUCUCAUCCUCCCCUUCCCACCGCAAGCUCUUUCCUUACCUCUCCGCACCCCCUCGUGCGCCUUCCCCCUCCCAGCCCUCCUCCCGCUUCAUCGUCACUACUUUGUCUCCUGUAACAGGGCAUCCGGCAGGGAGAGCAGGGGAAGAAACUGUGGGUCGCAUGGAGAGCACAGUUGAAACAGGAAAGGGUAUUGACCCUGCCACUGCCACUGCCAAUGCUUCUGCUGCUGCUGCAGUGUGUGCUCCAGGACAGUCACUACCAGCGAAUAGAGGGUACCUGAGCACCCCUCCUGCAGAUGGUGAAAUGGAGACAAAGUCUGCAGAUGAUGCUGUAAGGUCUGCAGCUUCCGCUGCUGUGCCUGCUUCUGCUGCUGCUGCUGCUCCUGCUCCACGCCAUGGCUUGCUCUUUCCCUCAGGGGACGAAGAUGAUAUCGAGGAGGGAGGAUCAGCAGCAUGGGCUGUAGAGCUAGAGAGACUCUCAAACGGUGUGGGUAAGGCCACAAAUGGGGACACUACCAGAUUCGCAGGCGACUUGGGGGAAGAGCAGCAGAACAUGCAGGCUGUGCAAAUACUGCCUGACCUGCAGCUCCCUCCCUCCAGAUCCGCCCAUCCCCAAAAUGCACCAGCUGCUCAUCUUUCAGAGCGGGCUGCUCCCUCGGGCUUCUCGCGCCCUUCUCUUCCUCCAGCCUUGUCAGCAGACUCUCGAAUCCGGCUGGCACGCAGGCAAACCGCAGAAGCGGUCCCCCUGUCCGCACCUCUGCAAGACAGCAGCAAUCUGCAGCCACAGGCACAAACAGCUCUGGCUGUGCAGCGAAACCCUCUAGACAAGCCCCAGUUCUCCCAGGCGCCCAGAUUUGCGUCUAUCCCAGGGAUGCAGAGGGCUGGCAUUGGUGGUGGAAGGUACGUUCAACGAGUGCCUGGGGCACCAGGGCUUGGAAACUUGGAGUUGAGCACGAGGGGGGGUGAAACUGGGACGGAGGGUGAGAGGCCAUCAGGAAAGGGGUCAAGAAAGGGGGGAUUCAGGAGAAUUCGUCAGGGAAAAGUAUAA